AUGCAUUUCCCUCAUUUUUCUUUGCAGUUGAGCUUUAAGAAAGGAGAGGAGUUUUACAAGGAUGUGCCUAAGGGCUGCCUCGCACUUUACGUUGGACAGGGAGAAGAACAGAGGCGUUGUGUGAUUCCGGUGGAAUACGUAAACCAUCCUCUGUUCGAGAAGUUUCUCAAGGACGCCGAGGAAGAAUAUGGGUUUGAGCAGAAAGGUAGCAUUGCCAUUCCAUGCCAUAUAUCCAACUUUCGGAAUGUGCAGGAGGUGAUUGACAGAGAAAGUCAUCAAUCUCAUCGCCAACACCAUGUGAGCUGCUUUGGUUGA